UAGAAGAAAGUCUUGCACAUAUUUAUCACGGCGUAUUCACCGUGCAUUACAAUUACAGCCGCAUUUCACAAUGAAAAUUCACAGCAUCAUUAUUUUAUUGAUCGUGAUUAAAGAAAUUGCGUCAAAUUCACAUGGGAAACGGAAAAUUGGAUUGGAAAUUGGGAUUGGUAGAAAAUUGUUUUUUCCAUUUAUUUUUACAAAGUUAUCUCGACGAUCCUCGAAGACGACGCCAGUAAAACACGCCAAUGUUGUCUUGCUAAGCGAAACAGCCAAUCACAGUCCGUCAAACUGGUUAUCUGGAACAAAACCUUCAAAAGUUUCUCUCCUCAACAAUAUCUACGUAGAUCCUUACGAACCCGUUCGCGCUGAAAAGCCAGCACGACUAUCAGGUCUCAUAGAUUCACUAGACGUCAGUGAAAACGCGUACGCCAAAUGGGAACAGGGAACUGAUUUGUUUAUGGUCGAGAACUCACACCCAUCGCGGCCAAGUUCCGUCAAGGCGAAAAGAAGAAGACCACCACAAGUCAAUAAAUCAAAUAAAUUCCGUAGAGUGGCGAGUGUAGCGUAUGCCCCAUACGACGCCUAUCUAAUUGCGCUGGAAUUAUCAAAACUCAUUUCGCUUGCAACAUUAAAAUAUCAUAACGAUUGUUACACUGACUCUAGACGACAAUACCAGCCAGAGUGUGUUGGCUACCAAUAUGAUGUACCAGCAACAGUACAUUGGUGAAUCCAGAGUCGACUGAAUAUCAAAGUGAAGAAUAACAAUUAUCUGAGGACGAGAAAAUCCAGAAUUUCAAAAUCUUCCUCAGCUUGGAGAAAGUCGAUCAGAUACCUGGAUAUUCUCAACUUGUGUAAACAUCUUCUGUUUCAUGUGUCCGUAUAUGUUACGACUAUAGUGCUAGCGAAUAAGUUGUAAAAGAGAAAAGUAACCUCACCGCACAAAAUCCAGUUUAUCUUGUUUGUUUAUCCCUUUUUAUUUUGUAUCGCAAUGCACGGGGCAGUGAAAUUUCUCGUAUAAAGUGAAACAUUCGGUUGAUUUUGGUUGAUCAAGGAUAAAAUUCCCUGCCACAAAUUUUUAUUGCGAAAAGUAAUUUACGAAAACCACGUAAUUGUUGCGUGUAUUUGUGUCACACUUCUUAAUACAAUUACAAAA